AAAAAGAAGAGGGGAGGAAAAAAACAAACCCUAAGCAAGGCUGGAAACUUCAGUGACAGGAAGGAAACGGGGUGGUUUAUUUCAGUCUUCAGUUUGCUUCUCAGGGCAAGGCUUUGCCUCUUCCGCGCACCGAUCGCAGCCCCUCCGUGAACAAUGGGGUCGCGAGGCCAUUCCCGGCAGGAAAACGGCUCGUUCUGAUGAAAUCUCCUGGUUGGUGCUGACUCAGCAGGUCCUGGUGAGACAGAACACGGUGCAGAGGGCGCUGGGUUCACCGAGCCGGUGCUGAGCAGCAGCGAACGUGCCGGGAGAGAUGGACACCUUCAGCACCAAGAACUUGGCCCUGCAGGCCCAGAAGAAGCUCUUGAGUAAAAUGGCUACCAAGACCAUCGCCAACGUCUUCAUUGACGACACCAGCAGUGAGAUCUUGGACGAGCUAUACCGAGCCACCAAGGAGUACACCCACAACCGCAAAGAGGCCCAGAAGAUCAUUAAAAACCUCAUCAAGAUCGUCAUGAAGUUGGGCAUGCUCUACCGCAACGGGCAGUUCAAUGCUGAGGAGCUGCUGGUGAUGGAGCGCUUCCGCAAGAAGGUGCAUACCUUGGCCAUGACAGCUGUCAGCUUCCACCAGAUAGACUUCACCUUCGACCGCAGGGUCAUGUCGAGUGUGCUGACGGAGUGCCGGGAUCUGCUGCACCAGGCUGUCAACGGCCACCUGACAGCCAAAUCCCACUCUCGCAUCAACCACGUCUUCAAUCACUUUGCGGACUACGAGUUCCUCUCAGCUCUCUAUGGGCCGUCUGAGCCCUACUGCACCCACCUGAAGAGGAUCUGCGAAGGGGUGAACAAGAUGCUGGAGGAGGACAACAUAUGAAGCUCGCCAAGAUGGGCCAUCGGCAGCAACUGCCGGACCCUGCCUCCUGUGGGACCGAGGACAGGACAUCUGCGUGUUUUGACCCUCACCAGGCUUGAUGUCCUCUUCUCCUCUGUAGCGCUAACUCAUUUUCUCCUCAUUUCUACAAAAGACUGGACCUCUUGACUUUGUCUAACCCUUGCCCAGGGUCUGCAAACCCCCCCUGCACUGGGCUGAGCCCUUUCAAGGUGAUCCUUGUCUUCUGGGCUCCUGCUGUACAGUUUGAUUUCCUUUGCCCACCAAGUGCUCUUAACUCAGAGUCCAAGGACCCCCUCACCUUGAACUCUGUCGUAACCCUCCUGGGGGAAACCAAACCAAAGACUUGGGGUGUGUAAUGCCUCUAAGGUGUCUCUGAGCGGGUGGGCAGGUGCUUGGAUGAACAGCUGGGAGACUCUCUUACCGGAGGGCUGUGGAGCCCUGUGGUUGCCUUUCAGCAGCUCCACAACAUCGUGGGAACAAAUUGUGGGCCAGACUUUUGCUACCCAAGAUAGAAAGCAAGCCAGAAUGGGCUUUGGCCUCUUAAAAGAGAGAAGGAUCCAACUUUGCCCUGGCGAGCAGCUGUUCCUCAGGGCAGGUUGGGAGCUGGAAGGACAUCCAUUCAUCCAAGCCCCAAUCCCCCCCACCAGCCUCCCGCAACAGUACCACUGUGAUGGCUCCGACACCUUCCUCGGUGGUUGUCCAAAGCUCAUCCUAGGAUUUCAUCCUUUUUCUGUGUCCUCGACCGAGUUAUGGGUGUUAUUUUUUUUAGCAAACUGUGUAGCCCUGAUGAGUUAUUUAAAUAAACUCACCUGUCUGGCGUGGGCGCUCCAUGCAGUUGGUAAAAAGGCAGCUUAGGGCAAUAAAACGGGUGCUGGGGGCAGCUGGUUUUGUCUUUUAAAUGGUGGUUGCUCUCUGCAGCCUGGCGUUUCCACUCUGUUCCCAGCGCUGCUGCCGGCCAGGCUGGCUCUGCUCCUUGGCACAGCAGCUCCGGGCUGAGCUGAUGGGAGGAGACGUGGUGCAAAAGCAACAGUGAGGGUCUGGGAUCCCAGGGGGAAAAUCCUGCACCCACCCGCGCUCCUCUGCAUCCCCACGUCGCAUAGCGGGAGCUUUAAGCACAGCCCUGACGGCAGCGAGCAAGCUGCUGAAUUCAAUGCCGGCGUCUUGUAAAAGCAUUGCGCUCCCAGAACAUGGAUGCACCAGCCGUGGCCUGCUUCCAACAGGCUGAUCUCGGCUUUGAACACCAAAAAUUGCCCUUUUAACAUACAAAACGCCGUACAAUCUCAGCUGGCCUUAUCUCCAUGACCUUCUUGUGCCUCGUGUUCCAUGGGAUGUCUCCAGGCACAGGAGGCUGCCAAUGCUUGUGGGCAGAGAGCGGCUCCAUUGGUUGUUCCCUUUCCACCGCUGGCUCGAGGCACUGAUAACUUUCAGCCUUAAAGAUUUGGAAAGAAA